AUGCAGCGCUACGCGGCCUUCCUGAGCGCGGGGCCGGGGCCGCCCGCGUUGGUGGAGGGCGCGUGGGGCGGGCGCGGAAAGCUGCGGGGCUGCUGGGCGCGGCGGGACCCCCGCGAGAUCCGCGCUUUCCUCGCCGCCUGCGCCCGCCGCCCGUCCGCCGCUCCCGCGCCCGCGCUGCGCCGGGACGUGGCCGCGCUGUGGAGGCGGCGGGCGGCGUGCGCCGAGCCAUCGCCGCACCGCGGGAACCGCAGGCGGAGGAGGGGUUGGACUGUGCCGGGGACGCUGUGGUGCGGGGCCGGGGAUUCGGCCGGGAACUCCUCCGAGCUGGGUCUGUUCCGCGGCCCCGACCGCUGCUGCCGGGAGCACGAUCGGUGCGGGACGCAGAUCGAGGCGCUGCAGUUCGGCUUCGGCAUCCGCAACUACCGCCCGCACACCGUCAGCCACUGCGACUGCGACGCCGCGUUCCGCCGCUGCCUGCGGGCCCUCAACGACACCGUCUCCGACCUCAUCGGAGUCACCUUCUUCGACCUCCUGGAGGUGCCGUGCUUCGUGCUGCGGCGCGCCGAGCAGUGCGUGCGCUGGCACUGGUGGGGCGGCUGCGAGCGGUACGCGGUGGUGCCGGUGGCCACGAUGGUGCGGCAGAGCCCCUACGGCACCGCGGCCGCUGCGGCCGUCGGGAACUCCGCGUGCGAAGAGCAGCCCGGCGCCGUCGGAGAGGCGGAGCGGUGUGAGACCGGCCCGGGGAGCGCCGCGGGAAGACGGAGGGGGCUGGGGAGGCUGUGCAGAGCCUAUCGGCACCUGGAUCGCUGCGAGCACCGCAUCGCGCCCCGCGAGACGAAGUACGGGCUGCGGAACGGCGGUGCGCGGACGCUCUUCCACUGCAACUGCACCCGCAGAAUGGUGAGGUCCCUGAGCAGGGCGAGGGGCCCCGGGGGCGCGGAGCCGCCGCUCCUGGCGGAGCGCAUCGCCGCGCGCUGCUUCGUGUUGGAACCGCAGGCCGAGUGCGGAGCGGAGCGCCGGAGCGGCAGCUGUGACGCCGCGGUCCGGGCCGUGCUGGUACCCGCACGGCAUCUGAGGACCACGCUGCGGCGCCGCGGUGCUGAACGUCGGGAGUGGAACGAGCAGGAGAGCGGCGGUGAUGCUCUGUACGAACGGUGCCGGCGGGUGGCCCUGGAGCAGGGGAUGGGAGCCCCGCAGCACCCCGCGCCCCGCUGAGCCCCAGCGGCUGGGCUGUACCGUGCGUGGGGAGGAGCUGCGCUGCGGGGCGGAGCUGCUCAAUGUCGGGUCCUUGAGAGAAAGGAUGGCACCGAGAGUGGCUGCUGGCGUGACUGCGUGGGGCAGGAAAGGGGUGGAGGAGGCUGAGCUGCCAUCCCUAGGAGCUGCGGCUGCCACCACAGCAAAGGGAAAGGAGAGGGGGCAGGAAAAAGCGACCGCCCCUGAAGGAUGCUGCGGGCGUAGGAGCCCCGGGCAGGACGGUGCCAGGACCCCCAGCCCCGGUUUUGCCCCUGGAGCAGGGGGGUUGGGGCGAGUCAGGUUCCACCCCGAGCUCUAGAGGUGGGAGCACAGUGCCGUGCCUGGGGAAGGUCAGUGCCUGCGUGUGGCACAAGGCAAAUAAAGGGCAGAGUGACACGGUG